GAAGAGUGUUUGCUUCAUCUUUCUCUCCUCGUUUGCAGUCAACCGAAAGUAAAUUUUGGACCUUAUUGCUAGUCAUCUUAAGCCCUUCAUCACUGACAGCAGCGUCCAGAUGACUGACUCCUACACCUCUCGCGCCGGUGACCACUCGCCCUCUCCAAAUGGCUACGCGAACGGUUCCAGUCCGUUGUUGGCCCAAUCUAACAACGCUGGUAUCUCACCUGUCAUUCGCAAAAAGCUUAUGGGCUACGUCGGCUUCGCCAACCUUCCAAACCAAGUGCACAGGAAGAGCGUCCGGAAAGGUUUCCAGUUCACUACAAUGGUCGUCGGCGAGUCGGGUUUGGGCAAGUCUACGCUGAUCAACACUCUCUUCAACACGCCUCUAUACCCUCCCAAGGAGCCCCUUCCUCCUUCGGCUGAACGACCCAAAACGGUUGCUAUUGAAAGCAUUGGUGCAGAUAUUGAGGAGAACGGCGUUCGUCUUCAUCUCACCGUCGUUGAUACUCCCGGUUUUGGCGAUUUUGUCAACAAUGACGACAGCUGGAGGCCGAUUGUAGAAGACAUUGAGUCGCGCUUCGACUCAUAUCUAGAGCAGGAGAACCGUGUAAAUCGGCAGAAGAUCGUCGACAACCGUGUUCACGCUUGUCUUUACUUCAUCCAGCCCACAGGUCACUCGCUGAAACAACUCGAUAUUGAAUUUAUGCGUCGCCUGCACACCCGAGUUAACCUAAUUCCUGUCAUCGCAAAAGCUGACACGCUGACGGACGAGGAAAUUGUUGCCUUCAAAGCCAGGAUCCUUGCAGAUAUUGCUCACCACAAUAUUCACAUCUUCCAGGCACCCAGCUAUGAGAACGAGGAUGAGGAAACCCUUGCUGAGGCCGAGGAAAUUGCUAGCAAAAUUCCUUUUGCAGUCGUUGGUUCGGACAAUGUCGUGGACACCAAAGAUGGUCGUCAAGUCCGCGGACGUGCAUACCCUUGGGGUGUCAUCGAAGUUGACAAUGAGGAACACUGUGACUUUGUUAAGCUUCGCCAGAUGCUCGUCCGGACCUACAUGGAGGAGCUUAGAGAGCGUACAAAUGAUGUGUUAUAUGAAAACUGGCGAAGUGAGAAACUUCUUAGCAUGGGUGUCGCCCAGGAUUCUAGUGUCUUCAGGGAGAUCAAUCCUUCUGCCAAGAUCCAGGAGGAACGCAUCCUGCAUGAGGCCAAGCUUUCCAAGAUGGAGGCUGAGAUGAAGAUGGUGUUCCAGCAGAAGGUCCAGGAGAAGGAGUCGAAGCUGAAGCAGUCCGAAGAGGAACUUUAUGCCCGACACAAGGAAAUGAAGGACGCUCUCGACAAGCAGCGCGCAGAUUUGGAAGACAAGAAGCGAAGAAUCGAGAGCGGUCGACCGCUGACCCCAGAGAAGAACACUACCAAAAACCGUCGCUUCUUGCGGUAGAUUCUCUUCGUCUCGGUACUUCUUUCUUGUUCUCUCUUCGCCUCUUCUAGCUUGCCAUUUAGUAUUCUUGCUAUCGUACAUUGCCUUGGCGUUUCACUCAUUACCUCGCGCUCGAACAUUUUACACUCUCUUUUGGAUUGAUAUCCAGUUUUGGCUACCCUCUACCCUUUUAGUACUAUGAGCAACUUCUUAUGCAGAGUUUCUGGAUGUUGAAAGACGUCGAGGAGACGAUUGGAUUUUUAUUUUUGCGAUGACUGCGCGCAGAUACCCAGUGUUGCCACUAUGUCAAUACUGAUAAACAGAUAAUCUUGAGUUGUCACAGCUUAAUGAGAUUUGAUCACGAACCACG